UCGCAGGGUCCGAGGCAGGGACAGAGGUCGAGUCCGCGCUGUGGGUCAGGCAGGGCGCUGAACGCCUAAGUCACUCGCGCCGUUGGCGGCCCCCGCCCUUUGGGCUGCGUCGCGGAAGCGCCGACCGGUCUGGAAGGUCCCCGGGAGGCGGGUCCUCCGAGAGGCUCGGCGCUGAUCCCGGGGAGGGCCCUGUGGCUGCCCCUCCGCCUGGAGCAGGGCCUUGGCUCUUCCGCUCCCCUGCGCCCGCGAGGGGAUGCAGCUCCCGGCAAGUGAGUUAUACUUUAAUGUACUACAGGUUGUAUACUACGGAUGGGAACUAUCAAAGUUUAUAAUGUCAAAAACUUUUCUUAGACCAAAGGUAUCUUCCACAAAGGUAACAGAUUGGGUAGACCCAUCAUUUGAUGAUUUUUCGGGGAAUACAGGCAUCUCUGCUGUUACUGCUACAUCAUUUGGUGUGAAUAACUCAAGUCAUAGAAGAAAAAAUGUGCCUUCCACAUUAGAAAGUAGCAGAUUUCCAGCUAGAAAAAGAGGAAAACUGUCUUCCUCAGAACAGGUUUAUGGUCUAGAAAAUCCAAAAGAAUAUCUGUCUGAAAAUGAACCAUGGGUGGACAAAUACAAACCAGAAACUCAGCAUGAACUUGCUGUGCAUAAAAAGAAAAUUGAAGAAGUUGAAACCUGGUUAAAAGCUGCAGUCUUAGAAAGGCAACCAAAACAGGGUGGAUCCAUUUUAUUAAUAACAGGUCCUCCUGGAUGUGGAAAAACAACAACUAUAAAAAUAUUAUCAAAGGAGCAUGGUAUUCAAGUACAAGAGUGGAUUAAUCCAAUUUUACCAGACUUCCAAAAAGAUGAUUUCAAGGAGAUAUUUAAUUCUGAAUCAAGCUUCCAUGUAUUUCCCUAUCAGUCUCAGAUAGCAGUUUUUAAAGAGUUUCUACUAAGAGCAACAAAAUAUAACAAACUACAAAUGCUUGGAGAUGAUCUGAGAACUGAUAAGAAGAUAAUUCUGGUUGAGGAUUUACCUAACCAGUUUUACCGAGAUUCUCAUACUUUACAUGAGGUGCUAAGGAAGUAUGUACAAAUGGGUCGGUGUCCUCUAGUAUUUAUAGUCUCUGACAGUCUCAGUGGAGACAACAGUCAAAGGUUACUGUUUCCCAAAGAGAUUCAGCAGGAGUGUGCUAUAGCGAACAUUAGCUUCAACCCCGUGGCACCAACAAUUAUGAUGAAAUUUCUUAAUCGAAUAGUGACAAGAGAAGCUAAUAAGAAUGGAGGAAGUAUCAUUGUCCCUGAUAAAACUUCUCUAGAGUUGCUCUGUCAAGGAUGCUGUGGCGAUAUCAGAAGUGCAAUCAACAGCCUCCAGUUUUCUUCAAAAGGUGAGAACAAUUUAUGGCCAAGGAAAAAAGGAAUGUCUUCAUUAAAAUCGGAUGCUGCGCUGUCAAAAUCAAAAGGAAGAAAAAAACCUGAUCGAGUUUUUGAAAGUCAGGAGGCCCAAGCUAUUGGAGGCAAAGAUGUUUCUCUCUUUCUCUUCAGAGCUUUGGGGAAAAUACUGUAUUGCAAAAGAGCAUCUUUAACAGAGUUAGACUCACCUCGCCUGCCUCCGCAUUUGUCAGAGCAUGAACGGGACACGUUACUUGUUCAGCCUGAGGAAGUCGUAGAAAUGUCACACAUGCCAGGAGAGGUGUUUAAUUUAUAUCUUCACCAGAACUACGUGGACUUCUUCAUGGAAAUAAAUGACCUUGUGAGAGCCAGUGACUUUCUGAGUUUUGCAGAUACCCUCAGUGGUGACUGGAAUACACGCUCUUUACUCAGGGGAUAUAGUACAUCUAUAGCUACGAGAGGCGUGAUACAUUCCAACAGAGCCCGAGGGUUUGCUCACUGCCAAGGAGGAGGAUCAAGUUUUCGACCCUUGCACAAACCCCAGUGGUUUCUAAUAAAUAAAAAGUAUCGGGAAAAUUGCCUGGCAGCAAAAGCACUUUUUUCUGACUUCUGCUUACCAGCUUUAUGCCUUCAAACUCACCUGUUGCCAUACCUUGCUUUGCUAACCAUUCCGAUGAGAAAUCAAGCUCAGAUUUCUUUUAUCCAAGAUAUUGGAAGGCUUCCUCUGAAGCGACACUUUGGAAGAUUUAAAAUGGAAGCCCUGACGGACAGGGAGCCUGGAAUGAUAGACGCCGACAGUGGAGAUGAAGCCCAGCUUAUGGGAAGGCAGCCUGCAGAGGAAGCUCUGGGUGAACCCACUCAAACCACUGAACCCGAGACCUGGUCUCUUCCUUUGAGUCAGAACGGUGGGAGUGAACUGCCCGGCAGCCAGCCUCAGCCCUUUUCAGCCCAGGGAGAUGUGGAAGAAGACGACGUGGUCAUAGAAGACUAUGAGAGCGACGGGACAUAGAAACCAGCCUGCCAGCCACGUUGCUGCUGGACAGAUUUGUAUCAGUUUUCCUCCUUGGUACUUGA